AUGAAUAUUCUGGCACAGCUGCAAAGAGUGCUCUCCAGCCGAAGAAGGGACGCAGGAAGAGCAGAGAAAACGGAGUACUUUCUCGUUGGUGUUUCUCAUUUUAAAAUCCUGCUGGGAAGCCAUGCAACUAGAGGAGAGGAAAUAGAAGAAAUCCUGCGUGCAGAAAGUCUGUACACAAAAAUUGUAGAACAAAUACAAACAGCACCAGCACAGAAGAAGGACCUUUUUUCUCUAUUCAGCCCCUUUUUCUCUCAGGUUGGCAAAGUGCUUGCUUUCCUCGACGCACAGCACAAGAAUCUGCUCAUGGAGGUCCAGACAGAGGCGACGUCUCUUCUGGUGCAGCAGAUGUACGUGUAUAUAGAGGCCGUGUGCAAAAAAAGUGACAGGCCAUCGCACAGCGAGUUUACUCUGAUUCUGAAGCACAUUCCUGCGCCCAAGCUCAUGGGGCUAAAAAUGAGGUACCUUGCAAGAAGGGCGCAGCACAUAAAAAGAGCAAAUGAGAUAAAAGGAACAGGGGAGCUGAAGGAGACAAUAGAGACAGAGCUUAGAAAGUAUUGUUCUUUAUUCGGCGUGCACAGUCUCCCCCAGGAGAACGGAAUUGCGCUGGAAGGGUUCGUAUUCUCUUUGGCUCGGAGUACCCCCGGCUUCUCAGAGGAGGAACUUAAAAAAAUCCAGGAAAAAAUGGGCGGGAAACCAGGGGACAGCGCCCCCUUUUUUGAAGGUUUUGUGCCCUGUAACGCGCGCAUUAAUGGGUUUUAG